AUUUCCCCUGUAAAUCGUACAUUUCUCAGUUAACUUAUACCGUAUAGAAUGUCUUGUGACAAGGUCUGUCCAUGUCCGCGUGGUAUAGAUUACUAUGGAGUAUUAUCCUUGAAAAAGAACAGUGAUGACUUAGAGAUCAAGGCAGCAUUUCGCCGUCUGGCGAUACGAUAUAAUCCCAUACGAGCAAAAGAUGAAAGUUUGUGGACCAUAUUCUCCUUAGUGGCUGAAGCAUACGAUGUGCUUUCGAACCCUUUUAAACGGGCGAUAUACGAUCAAUUCGGUGAAGAAGGCCUUAAAAAUGGUGUGCCUGGAGACGAAGGAUUUAUCCAGCCAUACAUUUAUCACGGUGAACCAAUGAGAACUUAUAGGGAAUUCUUCGGAACGGAAAGUCCUUAUGCUGAUCUAUUCCAUGUACUAACACAGCCCUCGUCUGUGCUCGAAUUUCCCGAGGGGCGGGGUUUAAAGCGCAAGGAAGAGCCUCUGAUAAAAACCUUGUAUCUAACCCUACUGGAGGUACCAUAUCGACGUUUUACUUUAUUUAUAGUUUCUCUUUCUCCGGUGUUAAUCACCGUAGAUAACAUCGGGGAUCGUUACGGCAAACCUUGUGCUUACUUAUUUUUACUUGAAUACCGUCCAAUUAAAUUAAUUUCACCGGUCCCUAUUUUCUCUGAUUCUGAUUGUCUUCGCUUUUCCAUAAGAUUUUCCUUCGAUACGAGAGAUGACAAGUCUAAAACAGUGACGAAAGAAAAGAUUCUAACGAUACCUAUUAAGCCUGGCAUCCCGACAGGAACAAGGAUCAUUUUCCCCGAGGAAGGUGAUCAAGGACCCACGAAGAUUCCUGGUAAAUUGUUACAUCAUUUUCAGGCUCGAAAGCACGUCAGCGUAGCGGAUGUAAUCUUCAUCACGGAGGACCGGCCUCACGAGACCUUCCGAAGAGAGGGCUCUGACUUGCACAUGACGGUCGAUAUCUUUCUGCGAGAGGCACUGACCGGAACAGUGGUCACCGUCAACACCCUCGACGACAGAACCCUUCGAAUACCGAUAACGUCUGUCAUCGCGUACGUCUCCCUAUCGCAUUAUAGGCCAAAUUAUCGGAAAUACAUACUCAAAGAAGGACUGCCCCUACCGGAAAAUCCAAAAGACAAAGGAAACUUGAUCAUCACGUUCAACAUUGAAUUUCCGGUGUACCUGCCGGUAUCGAAUAAAACUUAUAUUAAGAAGGCAUUCGAUACGUCAGAAGAUAUUAGAAACACUGAAUACAUUCAUCGUCUUAUUCUGGCUAAUAAAAUGCGUAGAAACAUGGAUUUCGAUGUACCUGUACGUCGAGAUCCUGACGACGAAGAAGCGAAACAGUUGGAUUCUGAAUGUAAUUCUUAG